AUGUCAGGUUCCAACACAACCGACUUCACCAACCCCUCCACCUUCAUCCUGCUGGGCAUUCCUGGCCUGGAGGCGGCCCAUGUCUGGAUCUCCAUCCCCUUCUGCACCAUGUACGCCAUAGCCAUCUUGGGGAACUUCACCAUCCUGUUCAUUGUGAAGACGGAACCGAGCCUCCAUGGGCCCAUGUACUAUUUCCUCUGCAUGCUGGCCAUCACCGACCUGGUCGUGUCUACAUCCAUCCUGCCCAAAAUGCUGAGCAUCUUCUGGUUCAGUUCCAGGGAGAUCGAUUUCAGAGCCUGCUUCACCCAGAUGUACUUCAUUCACUGCUUCUUAGAGAUCGAGUCUGGGAUCCUAGUGGCCAUGGCUUUGGAUCGCUAUGUGGCCAUCUGCCACCCACUGAGACAUUCCACCAUCCUGACAAACUCCUUUGUGGCCAAACUAGGCCUGGCUGUGCUGCUGCGUGGCAGCCUGGUUGUACUGCCCUAUCCCUUCCUGGCUAGUCAAUGGCCAUAUUGCAGAACCAAUAUCAUCCCCCAGCCAUACUGCGUGCAUAUAGCCGUGGUGAAUCUGGCCUGCGCCGACACCCGUGUCAAUAGUUACUAUGGCCUCUUUGUGCUAUUCUGUGUGAAAGGUCUGGAUAUGUUUUUUAUCGCCGUGUCCUAUACCCAGAUCCUCAGGGCCAUCUUCAGGCUCCCCACAAAGGACGCCCGGCUCAAGACUUUUGGGACCUGCAUCUCCCACCUUUUUGUCAUUUUAGCCUUUUACAUCCCAGUGCUCUUCAUCUCCCUCAUGUACCGGUUUGGCCAGAAUGUACCUGGGCAUAUCCACAUUCUCAUUGCCAACAUGUACCACUUGAUACCCGCCCUGCUAAACCCCAUCAUCUACGGGGUGAGGACCAAACAGAUCCGGGACAGGCUGCUCCGGCUCUUUAUUCAUAAAGGGGCCUAA